CAUACGCAAAUCCACAUCUGCUGUAUAGUGUACACGUACACAUCCACCAAAUUUUAAUAAGCCACAUCAUGUUGUGGAUGUUGUGAGAUUGUUUUUCAUGCCGGCAGUUAAAUUAACAUAAUAAUGUGGAAAUUAAAUAGCAAAGGGGGGUUUACUAGUUUAAUUAUAUUUACCGUAUUAGCGUUAGCAUGGAUAGCAGGCUUUGCUUCGCGUUUAUUCGCGGUGAUACGGUUCGAAAGUAUAAUUCAUGAAUUUGAUCCAUGGUUUAAUUACAGAGCGACGGCCUAUAUGGUCGAACAUGGUUUUUAUAAUUUUUUGAAUUGGUUUGACGAUCGUGCAUGGUAUCCUUUGGGACGUAUCGUAGGAGGAACUGUUUAUCCAGGUCUUAUGAUUACCUCCGGAAGUAUUCAUUAUAUAUUACAUUUACUAAACAUAAAUGUCCACAUUAGAGACGUAUGCGUUUUCCUAGCUCCAAUUUUUAGUGGUUUAACUGCAAUUUCAACGUAUUUGUUAACAAAAGAGUUAUGGUCAACAGGAGCAGGCUUGUUUGCAGCAUGCUUCAUAGCAAUAGUUCCGGGGUACAUUAGUAGAUCAGUUGCAGGAAGUUAUGAUAAUGAAGGAAUAGCUAUUUUUGCUCUGCAGUUUACAUACUAUUUAUGGGUUAAAUCCGUCAAAUCAGGUUCAAUUUUCUGGUCAUGUAUGACAGCACUUUCAUACUUUUACAUGGUUUCAGCGUGGGGUGGAUACGUGUUUAUAAUCAAUUUAAUUCCCUUACAUGUCUUUGUUCUAAUUCUAAUGGGCCGAUAUUCUAAUAGAUUGUUUAUAAGUUACACCACAUUUUAUAUUCUUGGCUUGUUAUUGUCCAUGCAGAUUCCUUUCGUAGGAUUUCAGCCAAUAAGAACCAGUGAACAUAUGGCAGCUUCAGGUGUUUUUGCUCUUAUAGUAGCUGUAGCUGCAUUAAAAUACUGUCAAAGUGUUCUAACAAAAUCAGAGUUUAAAACGUUCUUUUACUUUGGAGUUCUGGCUGUGGCGAGCAUUGUAUUUUUAGCGGUUGUUGUACUGACAUAUGCUGGAUAUAUUGCCCCUUGGAGUGGACGAUUCUAUUCCCUUUGGGAUGUAAGCUAUGCAAAAAUUCAUAUUCCUAUAAUUGCUUCUGUUUCUGAGCAUCAGCCCACCACGUGGUUUUCAUUCUUUUUUGAUUUGCAUGUACUUGUUCCAACUUUUCCAGCAGGAUUGUGGUACUGCAUUAAAAAUAUAAAUGAUGAAAGAGUAUUUGUUGUAUUGUAUGCACUAAGUGCCGUUUAUUUCGCCGGUGUUAUGGUUAGGCUCAUGUUAACCCUCACACCUGUUGUGUGCAUUUUAAGUGGAGUGGCCUUUUCGACUCUCCUCGACUUCUACCUCAGGGACAAUGAUACUCCUAGACCAAAUGAGAGCGAUGAUGAAGAAGAAAAAGCUAAAACUGGUGGCAGAAGGCUCUAUGACAAAGCUGGACGUGUGCCAAAGAUGAAGCAUGAACAAGUGCGCGAACCUGAUGGAAUCGGAUCUAAUCUUCGAAGUUUUGUCCUCGUUGUAUUAGUUUUGUUAUUAAUGCUGUUUUCGGUCCACUGCACGUGGAUCACCAGCAACGCUUAUUCCAGUCCUAGUGUCGUUUUGGCAUCGUAUGGUAAUGAUGGUACACGUCAGAUAUUGGAUGACUUCAGAGAAGCUUAUUAUUGGCUAUGGCAGAACACACAAGACGACGCGAGGAUCAUGAGUUGGUGGGAUUACGGUUAUCAAAUAGCUGGUAUGGCAAACAGGACAACUUUGGUGGAUAACAAUACCUGGAAUAAUAGUCACAUAGCACUCGUGGGUAAAGCAAUGUCGUCUAAUGAAAGCGCUGCCUAUAAAAUAAUGACAUCACUAGACGUGGAUUACGUGCUUGUGAUUUUUGGGGGCGUGAUUGGCUACUCUGGUGAUGACAUUAACAAAUUUUUGUGGAUGGUGCGUAUUGCAGAAGGAGAACAUCCCCAAGAAAUUCGUGAAAGUGAUUAUUUCACUGAACAGGGUGAGUUCCGUGUCGAUGCUCAGGGUUCCCCAACCCUUCUGAAUUGCCUUAUGUACAAAUUGAGUUAUUAUCGGUUCGGAGAGCUAAGACUGGACUAUAGAAAUCCGCCCGGUUUUGAUCGUACCCGUAAUACCAUCAUCGGGAAUAAGGACUUCUCACUAACGUACCUAGAAGAAGCCUAUACAACCGAACAUUGGCUAGUAAGAAUUUAUAGAGUAAAGAAGCCUCACGAAUUCAAUCGCCCACGUAUUCCAGUUUCUUCUAGAAUUAUUAAGUCACAACAUUUUACGUCCAAAAAAAAUUCUAAACGAAGGAAGGGCACCCUUAAAAAUAAAGCACUGGUUGUCAAGGGCAAAAGACCAUUAAAACAAUCGUAGUCAAUCAAUAAUUCGAUUUAAAUAUUUUUUUUCCUUUGACCGUAACAUUUUAAGACGUUAUAGUUUUAUUUGUUACGUAAAAGUUUCCAAUCCGUUCGUACCAAAUGAAUUUAGAAAAUAUUCGUCGUAGCUUUAAAUUUAAUUCAUGUCUUUGAUGCAAUAAUGAAAUAUUCUUUUGUGUUGGUGUUUGGGACGUUAGUCUGCAUUUAAAAACGUAUUUUAGUUUAGUUCUAAUUUAAAGAGAUAGUCCCUGUGCUUAGGUAGUUCUUAUUGACAUUUCCAAAUGUAUACCUAUUUUUUUUUUCAAAAAAUAAAAUUGAAAAGGUACAAGCAUUAGCAAUUGUCGGGGUUCCUCUGUGAUGUGACGUAAUGGUGUUUAUUUGUAUUAUUAUUAUUGUAGUAGUUUUUGAGACUUAUUAUAGUUUAUUUUGUGAUAAAAUGGUAAUACUAUAAUGUCCACAUUGUCAAUCUUUGAUAACAUCCACUUAAUAAUUUGUUAUUACGAUAAUCAAAAAAUGCAAAGCAAAGAAAUGUUUUCUAUUACACUUGUACUAUUGGAAUAUUUGAAUAAAAAAGGGAAAAAAUGA